AUGUCGCGGCCAAGUCCUGCGAAAAGAGCGCGUGAGGUCUCCGAAUCCCCGAGAGACGCAAUCACUCAAGAUGGGACACCGAACGAUGCUGCAUCUCGGGGCCUGGCUAAUGAACCACUUGACUAUCCUCGAAAGCGAGCUAUUAUCGCUUGUGAGAUUUGCCGAAGUCGUAAAUCACGAUGCGAUGGAGGAAAACCCAGGUGCAAAUUGUGUGUCGAACUCAACGCACGAUGUGUCUAUCGUGAACCUGGCAUCAAGCUUGAUGCAGGCGAUAAAUUGAUACUGGAAAGGCUGGCUCAUCUCGAGGAUAUGCUGCAGUCCGCCAUGAUCUCGGCCCAUGUGAACGUCAACCCUACGAAACCAGUUGCUCACAUGGGCACUUCCCCUGCCGCGAGUACGAGUACCGCCGAUGACACAUCUGCAAGACGUAUCAGCUGUAGUGUCGCUCUGGAGAACAACCGUUUGAAUGGUCUCGGUACAUGGGAUAGUGUUAACAUCUCGACCAUGCCCAAAGGACAUACUACCCCUGCUUUGAACCUCUUACAAUGGCCGCUCAUUCGCGACUUGGUGUCCCAACCUCUGGAUCCACAGGUCCUGGUAGAAAUGGAGAUGUCGCGGCCUCCUGUCAAUUUACCGCAUUUUCCUCGACCAGACAUGGCAAAUACAGCAGUGUACGCUAGCUCCUAUUUCGAUCUGGUAAACGUCUGGUACGCAUGCGUCAACCCAAAUGCAUGGCCCAAGCAUUAUCAUGAAGCUACUUCAGUUGGUUAUAUACAAGGAGCAGACAGCUGUCUGGUCAUGUUGGUCCUUGCUCUAGGUGCAGCCGCUCAUGGUGGAAGCAUCUCCAGGCAUCCUCACAACGCAGAACCUCGUGGUAUCGAUUACUUCGCAUCCGCCUGGAAGAUAAUACCCAAUCUGGCGAUACGGAACGACAUCCCAGCCAUUCAGUGCCACAUACUAGCUGCAGCCUACCUCUUCUACCUUGUCCGGCCGCUCGAGGCAUGGAAUAUGAUCACUGUCGCUUCUACAAAGCUACAGCUGGUUCUAGCUGUUCCUGAUCGAGUGCCAAUAUCGCAAAGAGAACUACUUGUGAGAUUAUUCUGGGAUACUCUUUUGGCCGAGUCGGAUCUGCUUGCAGAAUUGGAGCUGCCGCACUCUGGCGUUGUCAACUUCGAAGAUGCUGUAGGUCUGCCAGGUCCUUUCCCCGACGUCGAAGGAGAAUACACUAGCAAGGAUGAGCUAUGGUACUUUCUCGCAGAAAUCGCGCUACGUAGACUCCUCAACAGAGUGAGCCAUCUGCUUUAUGUCAAAACGCCGACCACAGUUCCUACCUCGAAGCUGGCACGAGUCGCUGCAGAAUUGGACUUUCAACUAUCACAGUGGUACGAGGGCUUGCCGCGACCGAUCAAGUUCUCGAUGGCGACACUUUCUGCGGGCUCCCCUGGUCAAAUCUGCUUGAGGCUACGGUAUUUUGCAUGCCGGACGAUCAUUUUUCGUCCUUAUGUUUUUGCUGUGCUCUCAGACGAGAAUGCUAUCGCCGAUCCGGUGGUAAAGGAAAACUGCCGAAAAUGUCUUGAAGCAUGUUUGAGGCAGAUUGAUAAUGUUUCUGCGCAUCAAGUUGGACAUCUUCCCUAUCUCUGGCAGGGAGCUCUUAGUCUGGUUUCGCAGACGUUAUUGGUCAUGGGUGCUACUAUGUCACCGAAACUUGCUACUCUCCUUCCACCCACCACAUCCGUGGAAGCAAUCAUCGCGGAGGUGGUUGCAGAGUUGAGCAGGCUGGCCCAUCUUGCGCCGAGCUUGAAGUUGAGUGCUGAAAUUGUGCAAGAAGCCGGAGCAAGAAGGAAAAUGUUCUUUGAUAGCCAAAAAUCGCAGGUCUAG